GUAUGUUUGAGCUACAAAACUACCAUGACUAGAUCAGGAAGUAUGAAAUACCCUGGGCGGCAUGUUCAGACACCAAAACACUUCACUUAUAGCUUAUAACUUCAUUUUACGCUCAACACCACUAAUACCGUAAGGCCCUCGAUAACAGGAAAACAAUUCACCGCACUGAUAUUCGAGCUCAUUGUUACGUCGCUCAAGUCCUUUCACCUCUUUGUCGAAUCGCGUGCCUUUGUUCCUUGUUCAACUCUAUAUCACAUCUCACCCACACGAUCACUGUACCGCAACCUCAAUCAACCAGUUUUGUUUUAUUCACUUAACAUUGUUUCUGCCUAAUUCGAGCAAUGUCACAAAACAACAACUUUCACUAUCCGCAAAGGCAUAGCGCGUCAGCCCCUGACUCUCCGAUACAGUAUGAAGGUCAUCGUGACUACCAGACUAAGAGGCCUAGAAAGAGGCGCAGAGCAGAAGAAGAUGCCGACGCUGCAUACAACUCCGAGAGAGAACGAGAGCGAGCCUGCAAAGUGCGCGUCACGGCAGAAAUGCGAGAGCGCGAGAAUGCUCGGUAUGGAGUUAUCCCCGCAGCGGGAAGACAGGCUGUGAGGCGAACAGAAGCGUACUUGAGGACUGUGACUAGUGCAGUCUGGGAACAAUUGGCUUUGUUGUAUCGAGAGACUCAGCUGGACUUGGAGCAGUGGGCAGCGGAGUAUAGAGAGGAGGAAGAAAGAGCCAGACAAGAACGAGAUGGUGAGAGGAAAGCUCGAGAACGUGCACGAUACCAGGCCACGGUGGAAGAAGCUGAUGAUACCGAAGAAGAACAAGCCGAAAUGCCAGAAGAGGACAAUGGCGAGGCGCCUAAUGAGACGACGGGUUUCAACAGUACCAACGAUUCAAACACAGACACUUCCCACCCCAAACCAUUCGAGCCCUUACCCAAGCCAGCUCCAACACUUCUCCCACCACACUUAAUUCCCGCUCGCGUGCCUCCCGUUUCAGCAAACGGCAGGUUAUUCAAAGGCAUUUCAGACACGCGACCAAAGUACACACUACGCGUACAGGAACUACAAAAGUCGUCAUCACCAUCACGACGGAAACAAAAGACAAAACCUACUAUGCAAAAAGGAACACCAUCCAGACCCUCAUAUAGCAGCACGGAUCAGCAUCUUGCAACACCGCCGAAAAAGUCGGGCGUACGUGAUCAUCGCUCCCCCUCAACACAGCAAAGUCCCAGCGACCUAGUCAUUGAGAAAAUCUUAGGCCGGCGUACCACUCGUACAUCAAGAGCGGGAUUAUCUUCUCUACCAGUCACUCGACCAGCGCUGACAUCUAAAUCAACUCCACCACCUUCGAGACCGAAAACACAGCCCAAUCCAGCACCGCCAUCAAAACCCCCUCCAUCUUCCAAACCGCAGCCAACACUAAAACUCCGUCGUCAAGGUGCUAAAGCGCAGAAUGCACCACAGCAGCAAACGCAAUUUAGUGGACCAUCCCGUCCGUCCAACUUUCCAAAGGGAGCUCAGGAGUCUGGAAGAGUGACGCACGACAGGAGUCGCGAUGUACUGGAUGGACUGGUGCUGGUGGAAUAUAAGCACUCUCGCACAUCUCGUGUAGAGCAGAAUGAAGAGUUUAUGAGUAGUGGUGGGCUUGGGGGUAGUGGGUAGGUUAGGAGUAAUCAGGAGAAGCAGGACUCGAGCUUAUUAUAAAGAAGGAUUUAUAUCAAGACAAGAUUCACCACAGAUAUCCAGAUUAAAUGGCCAAGCAGAAUGAACGCGGAAUGUCUAGUAUUAAGUAUAAUAUGUACCUUGCUGUAUGCAAGCUCUAAU